ACGAAAUUACGUGUCACCGUGGAGCAACAUUAAUAUUUUUAAUAGCGGAUGUUAGCAGCUGCCUGUCGGCUGAAUAUCGCUGAUGAGACUCGCAUUUUUUGUUUUCGAACAAUUCCGUAUAUUGAUUGCGAGCGAUGUAUUUGUUGCCGGUGUGUGGUUAAGAGGUUGCUCUGCAGGAUAACAAAUCCUAAGUGUGAAUCUAAAAAUUUAUGUAAAGCAGUUUUAUUGUGUUCUUGGCAUGGCAAGCCAUUCACUAGAAAUGUACACAAACGAUAAUCCGUCUCGGGAUCAUAAUUUGAAUUUAUGAUGCUUGAAUACAAGGAAUUAAGUGAUACUAUUACAGAUACGACAGUCUUUGCAAAGAUGACUCAAUAGUGUCCUUAAUUUAUGAGAAAUCUGUAACCUAAAUAAAAUUGAUAUCCUGCUGAGUUUAAAAUAACCAUAUAUGCACAGAGAGUCUUGUGAAAAAUGUUGACCGAAGAUCUAGCGAGCGUCUACUUCCAAUAUAAGGAGGAAAAUGGACAAAAACAACGGGAAGAAUCCGAGUCGUUGAAACCAAAGAUUGACGCUUUGCGAAGGAACUUUGAAAUGGCUUGUGCAGCAUUCGAUUCAAUUGUAGAUUAUGACAAUGACGAAGGUUCAGCGAAACGAAGAUUGGAUGUGGUGAUGGAGCGCCUUCUAAACAUCAAGAGCAUGUUAAAUGAGAGAUCGGAUCCUGUAGAUUUUCGCUAUAGAUCAUAUCAAAACAGAUUGUCAGAAUAUGAAGUAACGUUUGGUAGUCUAAUGAACACUUUAACGAUCCAAAUCGAUGAUUUCAAAAACGAGGUUUUAGAAAGUAUUGAGGAUGGUCUAAGUAAUGCCACGGAAGUUGCAAAAGAAAAUCAAGAAUUGAAAGUCUUACUGAAACGAGAGAAGGAAGAAGUUAUGCAUCAACAACAAAGCCACAACUUCGCAGUAACAGAGAAAAACACGAUAUUAGCGACUUGCAGAAAGUUAGAAGAACAACUUGAAGAGAAGAAUAAACAAAUACUACAGUUGCAAAAGGAGGGUACUGUGACACUUUGGAAGAGAGAAAAGACAAAACUACUUGAUGGUAUAAAAACGAAGGAAGUUGAUCUAUCUAAAGAGUUGGAAAAGACACAAGUGGAAGCAUCUGGAACUAAGGAAAGGCUGCAACGACGGAUUGUGGAAUUGACUGGUCAAAUAAAGUUAUUGAAAUUAGAAAAAGAAUUAGGAGGAAAACUAGGAACUGGUCUGGAUCAUGAAAAUGGAUCUUCAACUCCAGAUGUGGAUAAUAACUCGUUGAAGCAGCAGCUAUACCGAAAAGAACGAGCUCUCGUAAUGGCUGAGGCCGAGCUUCAAAAGCAACAAAAAUAUUUUAUCGGAUUCAUCCAUGGCUUACAACGAGACCUCAUUAUAAUGCUCGAAAGGGAAGGCAAGAAAACGGAAAAUUACUCUAGAGAUAACAAAGCUUACAUGAACAUGUUAAAAAGAAUAUACACUGCCGCUAAAGAAGGAGAAUUAUCAGAUCUGAAAGCCAAAUUACCAGUGCAUUAUCAAGGAGUUCACGAGGAUUCCCUAAAACAUCCACUUGGUAAAAGAUUGACAAAAUCGAUGUCCGAGCUCAAUAGGGAAUAUUAUGAAUUACAACAGAGUGGAGCUAUUUAUGAUCCUACGUUAAUGAAACCAUCAUUGAAAAAGUGGAGGGACGCAAAGUCAGCUAAUGAGAGACCGAAUCAUUCACAAACCUAUGGAGUUCAUCCUAUACUUGUUGAUAUCGCGACGGGGACACUUCUAACAAGUCAGGCUAUCAAUUUUUUUCCAGAAUGGACCGAAGACGAUAUCAAAGAAAUGUUUGAACAGUUUCGAAAGUUCGAUGCAAAUAACGACUUUCACCUUGAUCCCGACGAGUUACUCAAAGCAAUUCCUGAUAUACUUGGAAGAAUGACAACCACGGAAGAAAUACAAGAAGCCAUGGAUGAAAUUGACAAUGAUAAUUCAGGAACUAUCGAUUUUUUUGAAUUUUUAACCGUAGCAAGACUUGUUACACAACAAAAAGGGAAGUCUGCGAUCUUUAAAAAGAAGAGGCUCACUGCUCUGCAAAAGUCCUCACAGGCCCGUUCCAAGAUAUGUGUUAUUCAAUGAAAUGGCUGUUAUAGCUUAGCUCUGUUGAAUGUGUAAAAUAAUUGCCCUAGAGCUGUAAUAACGUCAUUUUCGUUAUUGUAUUGUGGCUUUCAAAGUCUUUCAUGCAUAUAUAUGUUGAAGAAAGAUGUUUUGCUUCUUUGUGGCACAUGGCUCAGUUUCACGAGAGUAAAACUUGAAAUACAUCUCAUGCGUUGUCAAAUUUAAGUAAUAUAAACUAUUUUAUUCACCCAAUAAACCGUUAA